UGGCGUAUCCGAACAUCCUGAUCCGAUCUAAUACCCGGUUCUCUUUCGCCCUCUUCAAUGCUGCACACCAAACGAAACCCCUCCUUCUUCUUCGAACCCUAAUCAUGUCGAUAUCGCCGGCCAAAUCCAAGAGACCCAUCUGCCCAUCAUGUUCUAAACCCACCCGAACAUGCCUGUGCUCUCGGAUUCUGACCUCCGGCAUCGACAAUUCGGUAAGCGUAACCAUUCUGCAACACUCGCUAGAGAGCAAGCACCCUCUUAACUCUACUAGGAUUGCCAGACUAGGUCUCAGGAAUCUCAAUGUAGUGACUGUUUCAGAUGUUAAUUUCGAAGCUCGGUUCUUGAUUCGGUUGAUGAAAACUGAUUCUGAAUCGGGUUUGGUUGGAAAUGGUUCGGAUAGUUUGACUUUUCAUCAAGCUUCGGAAAUUAAAGGCACAGAGAAUUCAGUGGAUGAACAUGCUAGUUCGUCCGAUUCCAAGAAAGAAAGUGAACCUGGAAGGUUACCCUUACUAAAUAGUGGUGGAAAAUGCAAUUUGCAAAAUGAUACUGGGGCUAUGAAAAGCUCUCUACUUUGUACUGUGAGUGUAAAUUAUGGGUUUGAUUCAAAGUCAUGUGUCAAUGAUUGUGCAGAGAAGCAUGAUAAUGCUGAGAUAGAUCAAAAUACUGGAGAUUCUGCUAUUACUGUAGUUAUUGGGAAACAUGGUGUUAUUAAUUAUCUGUCUCAUAUGUGGAGGUCUCCAACUCAACCCAAAAAGCCAAGCUUUAUCAACAUACUCUCUUUUCCGGAAGCUUGUGAAUCACUCAAAAAAGGGUUCAUGGUGAAGAAGUUGCGGAGGAAGUUAGAGGGAAGCAGUAAUCUGCAAGAUGAUGAAGAAUGUGAAUUUGAACUUGAAGUUCCUCCUGGAUCAGUACUACUAUUUCCUUCCGAAACAGCUGUGGAUAUCACUGACCUUGAUGCUAUUGAUUUUGAGAUAAAGAAUUUGAUUGUCUUAGAUGGAACAUGGGCUAAGGCAAAAAGAGUUUACAGUGAAAAUCCCUGGCUGAACAUUUUGCCCCAUAUAAAGCUGAAGGUGAACAAGAUGAGCUUGUAUAAUGAAGUAAGGCGUGAGCCUAAAGAUGGCUACUUGUCCACCAUUGAGAGCAUUGUCCAUGUCUUGAAGGCAUUGGGGGAGAAUCAUGAGGGCCUGGAAAAUCUUUUGGAUGCUUUUGAAUCCAUGGUUGGAUAUCAAAGGCGGUUUAAAGAGGAGAGGCUCACCAAACGAUCCUAAGUUUGAAACCUACCUUUCUCAGAGGCACGCAGAUAUACGAGACAAGCAAAAUAUA